AUGCGCUGUGUCCUGGCGGCCGUUGCCAAGCCUCCGUUUGCUCUGACGCAGAGGCGCCUUUUCAGCGCAUCUGCUGCCAGCCUGGCGAAAAACCAAGUCUUUGACUCCAUCCGCACGCCAGCCUCAUUCAACUCUCAGCUUUCUCUCUCAACCUCACUCGGGAUUCCUCUCCUCACGCUGUGGAGUACGGCAUGGUGUCCGUCCUGUCGCACCAUUGAGCCACUUCUCCGCAGCCUGGUCUCUUCUGGCGUUGGCGAGCAAGAAGGCGGCGUGCUCUUUGCGCCAGUGCAGUUUGACACUCCCGAGAUGAUGUCCACGCCUAUGCCGCUGGCUUCCCGGUAUUCCAUCACUUCUACGCCGACGCUGCUGAGCUUUGACGCCGGCGAGGCGCGGCCUAGUACCAAAGUCAUGGAUGCGAGGAAGCUGGCGGAUAGGCAGUUUCUGAUUGAUUGGAUACGCAACGAGGCCAAACGACAUGAAAGCGGAGGAGGAGGAGGAGGAGGAGGAGCUGCUUCGUUUGGAGGUUUGUUCAACAGCCGGUGA